GCGAAAAAGCUCGAUAUUUUGUGACAUGAAAAGUCUGUCUAAUAAAAGUUUCCAGAGUAAGAAUAUCAGCCCAAGAGAUGAUGAGACUCAGAAAAGCAAUGGACUUGACUAUACUUGGGACAAGUUUGAUAAAGAAGAAGUCAAAAUAAAUCUCCAGUGAUGAAAAUAAAUGCAACUGCGUCAUUUGAGAUUGUAAUAAUGUCUGUGGAUGGGAUACAGAUCCUCCAGAAUUAAUCAAAAAUAGCCAAGUCUCAACUCACAAGACUCUUGCAUCAAAAUUCUCCAAAGACCUUAAACCUAUGAUCCCCAAUAAGAUCAAGAAGAAGUCAAAUGUGACAAGAAAGUGUUUCUUCAAGACCUCUCAAGGCAAGAAUCCAAACCACCGCCCAGUUACGAAAUCAACGAAAUAUUAUCACAUGCUGCUUCAAUACUACCAAAAUGGACCCAAUAGAGAGCAAAAAUUUGAAAAAUCACGGAAUCCAGUCAAAGAGUCCUUCUCGCAAGUAAAAACCCUGAACCAGGAUUUGGACAUAAACUUGCCUAAUGACCAAAGGCCCCAAAGGCGGAGAAUCACACCUUCAAGAACUCAGAAGAAGGACGCCAGCACUGUGACUAAGAAUGUACCGAAUGAGUUUUCACCCCAAAUUCAUGCUAGAUAUACCAGAACAGAAUAUAAAAAUAAAAGGAAUUAUAUUUAAAACUCUUAAAGAUGAGAAUUCAAUGCAUGAAAAAGCACUACACAAAGAUAGCAUCCAAAGCAGCCAGGAGACUGCUAUACAGAAACCAAUUUCUAAAUUACGAAUUGAGAAUCCUCAGCCUCAGUCAAAGAUAGAUGAGAAGUUCAGCACAUUGAUUGAUAUCAUCAAGAGUAACGAACAGAAAUAUUUCACUAGCUUUACUAGGAAACCGAAGAUUCUCAGGCCCCGUAGUAGGCAGAUAAAUCCGAGUACUAAGAUUAAGAAUAGUCUGAACAUAACUGCUCAGAAUAAUUUCAAUAGGAGACCGACUAACCUUAGCAGUAAUACUAAGGUCAAGUUCUUGACCGUCCAUUCUUCAAUGGAGAGGAGGACCCAGACCCAGUGGAAAGGAAGAAAUUUAGCAAAAUCUAGACCUUCUAAUACAAAUAUAAUCCCCAGUUGACACUCUUGAUACAAGAAUCCUAUUCGAUGAAACUGAAGUAUUGGGAAACUUCAAACACGGAAGUAGGCAGAAGGAGAAUUCUAAGGCUUUAUAAGAUAACUUUUAUAUUCAUUUGCAACUUAACUUAGCGACAAGUCUUAAGUUAUACAUUUAGAGCCUAUAGGUCAAAGAAGUAUCACCAGACUAGCAGUAAAGGGACAUAUGGAACCGAGAAGAAAGAAAUAAGAGGAACUAAAAGCAGAGAAAUAAAGUUAGACCAUCCCUACUGUAACCACAAGCACGACCUAGGCUUUCUCAGAGUAGACAACUUCCGUAGUUGCAAACCGAGUAAGGUGAAUUUCCUCAAGAAGAGAUCCUUGAAGCAAAACUUCAUAUUCCAGGAGUAAGAGCCAGUGU